UGGAGUUCCAUUCAUACCAACAUCAAUUACAAAGAUGGAGAAGAGGUGGAAUUUUUCUUUUCUCAUCUCUUCUAAAAGUUUGAUAUGAUAGAAUCGCGUCAAGCUUUGACAGUGAAUGUCACUAUUUUAUCUCCAAGUCCACGCUACUUUAAUCACAAGCUCUGGGAGAGCAUGGCAAAAUAACCACCCAGGAUCACAUGGAAGAGGUCGCUCUGGCACGAAAUCCCCGUGACAGGAAGAAGCUCUUCUCCACCUAGAAAUAUACACAACUCCUCUUUGAUCGAGAGAGUUUGAUCCAUGGCGAGCGCUGUUUGCGUUAACGAUGUCUCACGCAUUGUCCCCAAGGAUCAUCCAGCCGAUCACGCUGCCAUGUUUCUGUGCAACAUGGACCAGAGGCUGGGCUUCUACGUGAGAAACCUCUUCUUCUACGCGCCGGAGAGCGGCAAGCUCGACACCGAUCGUCUCAAGUCGUCGCUGGCAGAGCUGCUGGAUUCGUAUCACUUCUGGGCCGGGAGGCUGCGGUUCAAUCACUCCGGCCGGAUGGAGAUCGUCUGUAGCAAUGCGGGAGCUCUCUUUGCGCUGGCCAGCUCCAGUCUCAGCGCCACUGCCGACCACUUUGACGAUUUCUUCUUUCUCGACGAGGACAAGAUCACGGCCCUGGAAGAUCUGCCACUGUUGACGAUCCAGGUGAGUGUCACCGGCUACGUAACUCACUUACUUGGCGACGAUGGCUACGCGAUUGGUAUGUUGAUCCAUCACACCUUGGCCGACGCUAUCGCCGGUAUGACGUUCCUCCUCAACUUUGCUUCCGUCAACCGAGGUGACGGUCUCUACAUGGCUCCAAAUGGCGACCGGACGCGACUAAGAGCCCGAGAUCCACCCCGAGUAGCCUUCCAGCACCGAGAGUUCGCCAAGCAGACCGAUCACGGCAGUAGUCGCUUCACUCUGACCCAAGAAUCGGUGCUGAGCUCCGAGUCGAGGAGGAGAAAGGCUCCCAAAAAGUCGAGACAGACCUUCGCCUUCACGAGUGCGAGGCUCCUCGAGCUCAAGCAGGCUGUUCUCGACGACGGGACUCUCCCUGGCUGCUCCACUUUCGAGGCCUUGGCGGCUUUCAUCUGGCGAGCUCACGCUCUAUCGCUCCCGGGCAAGUCGAGCAGCGAUGUCCUCCGCCUGAGAUUCAUGGUGGACACGAGAAGCGUGCUGGAGCCGCCGCUGGGACAGAACUUCUGCGGUAACGCCGCGUAUGGAGCUUUCGCGGAGCUCACACUCGCUAAUCUCCGUGAGCUUCCACUCUCGUCUAUCACUGCUCGUGUCCAGGAGGCAAAGAGGCGAGUUAGCAACGAGUACGUUCGAUCUGGAUGGGGCUACCUGGAGCUGCAUCCGGAUGCUUGGUACCACCACGACUGCGAGACGAUGAUCAACGCUUGGCCGAGGCUGAUGCGCGAGUCCCUGGAGCUGGAUUUCGGGUGGGGGAAGCCGCGAAGAGUGGAGUACCCGCUAGAUCCACGAAACUCUUCAGUGAUCUUCUUCCCACUUAUCUCGGAUGGAAUUCAAGUGUCGGUUUGCUUGGAUUCCAUCUCACUCGCCACCUUUGAGAAGCUAGCACUCAUUUCAAAGUCAUAG